UUUCUCUCGUCUGCUCCGUGAACGCUGCUCAGCUCGUCUGCCGUCUGUCUGUGUGCGAGCCGCUGGAUCUUCAGCACAUCAUCUCAGUAGAGGUGCCUUCAUCUUUAUCCCGGUCUCUUAAACAUCAUCAUCCAUCAUGACCCAGAAUAAACUGGCCUCCUUUGGGAAGAUGCUGCUGAGGCGUCGCGUGCUGGAUGACACUCCAGCGGAAAGCCAUUUCUCUCGAUGUCUCACCACUCUAGACCUCAUAGCCCUCGGUGUGGGGGCGACGCUGGGCGCGGGGGUUUAUGUACUGGCUGGUGAAGUGGCCAGAGAAAAGGCUGGACCUGCCAUCGUGCUCUCUUUCCUCAUUGCGGCCUUGUCUUCAGUCCUUGCUGGCCUUUGCUACGCUGAAUUUGGUGCACGCGUUCCCAAGACUGGAUCCGCUUAUGUGUACAGCUACGUGACAGUAGGGGAAAUAUGGGCCUUCAUAACGGGAUGGAACCUCAUUCUGUCUUAUGUGAUUGGCACAGCUAGUGUGGCACGAGCUUGGAGCGCCACUUUUGACAGUCUUGUGGCAAAAAAGAUCUCCACUUUCUUCACAGCCUUCAUGUCCAUUCCAGACACCGGAAAAGUGUUGGCACAGUAUCCAGAUGUGUUUGCCCUGAUCCUAGUCAUGUUGCUCACUGGACUAUUGGCAUUUGGAGUGAGUGAGUCUGCACUUGUCAACAAGAUCUUCACAGGAAUCAACCUGGUGGUUUUGACAUUUGUCAUCAUAUCAGGCUUUGUGAAAGGCGACACUGCCAACUGGAACCUCACUGUGGAGGAUUACAUUAACAGCACCAACAUAUCAGGAGCACAGAAAAUUGAAAAAGAGUUCGGUUCGGGUGGCUUUGCUCCGUUUGGCUUGAACGGAGUUCUCACUGGCGCUGCUACAUGCUUUUACGCAUUUGUGGGUUUUGACUGCAUUGCAACCACAAGUGAGGAGGCCAAAAACCCCAUGCGUUCCAUCCCGAUCGGCAUUGUGGCAUCUUUGCUCAUCUGCUUUUUUGCCUACUUCGGAGUGUCCGCAGCUCUUACGCUCAUGAUGCCCUAUUACAUGCUGGACAAGGACAGUCCACUACCUCAGGCUUUUGAUUAUGUGGGCUGGGGCCCUGCUCGCUAUAUUGUGUCCGUGGGCUCUCUGUGCGCACUUUCCACCAGUUUGCUGGGCUCCAUGUUCCCUAUGCCUCGUGUGAUUUACGCCAUGGCUGAAGACGGUCUACUCUUUCGAUUCCUCUCUCGCAUACAUAAGAAAACCAAAACUCCUGCCCUGGCAACACUUGUGUCUGGUAUUGUAGCAGCUCUGAUGGCCUUCCUGUUUGAUCUCGACGCCUUGGUAGAUUUGAUGUCGAUUGGGACCCUGCUGGCAUACACUCUGGUGGCUGUGUGUGUUCUUAUUCUCCGGUAUCAGCCGAGCAGGCUUGGCUCCAGCAGCGCAAAUGUGAAGCCAGUGGAGCUCCAGAGGCUGGAGGCUAAAGCAGCCAUGAUGGAUGUGGAUAGUGGAGAUGAGUACAGUCAGGAGAUGGAGACGAUACCCCUUAAAAAAAGGUUUUCCAUAAGGAUGCUUGUGCAGCCCCUCUGUGAUGUACCCACCAAGGUUUCAGGCAUCAUUGUUUACUCCGCGUGUGGCACCAUAUCCAUCUUGUUCACGCUGCUGUGUUUGGUGCUGUCGGUGUGCUUGGAGCAGGUGGCCAUGGGUCACCCUCUUUAUAUCAUUUUGGUUGUUCUCCUUUCGGUUCUGUCCACUGUCUGCAUCGUCGUCAUUUGGCAGCAGCCCCAGAGCAAAGAGGCUCUCACUUUCAAGGUCCCAUUGCUUCCCAUUCUGCCAUUGAUCAGUAUCUUUGUAAAUAUUUACCUCAUGAUGCAAAUGAAUGGAGCGACGUGGAUUCGUUUUGCAGUAUGGAUGGCAAUUGGUUUCAUUAUUUAUUUUGCGUAUGGAAUACAUCACAGCUCCGAGGGCAAAAAUAAUUCUCCUCAGAAAUUUGAGCCCAUCCUUCAGGGAAAGAAGCCGAUUUACCUUGCUGAAGAUGGUAGUGAGAAUGAGGGAGCCACACCUUAAGAACAGCAACUGGAUUGGUAUGGCAGCCACUUUACAACUGGUUUUGUAAAAUGCUGCAGGCACUUUCAUUUUUGCACCUUAAGAUUUUGUUUCCAUCAAAUAAUGCUUUAAACGAACCAUUUUUAUUCAGUAGGCAAACUGUGUAUUUCUAUGUGUAAUGGUACAGUGACUGUGUCUCUGGGCUACAGUCUGAAAAGGUAUGAUCUAGUACUUCAUGUACUUUUCUCACACCAGAACUAGGUCAGAACUGUUACACAAAAGUGUCUCGGCCUGUUUCUGGUCAUUCAGCGUGAUUCAGUCAUUUUCAAACAUGUUAUUUGCAGGUUUUGUUCUGACAGGCUGGACAAAUCUUAUUGGGUGUUUCCAACUUAAUUUUUUAGUCAUGAUGCAACAUGAAUGUCCAAAUUUGCUCAUUUUAGGCUUCCUAUAGCACAAUGUGUGACUUAGUAGGGAGUGUGACUGAUUGCACAAUGUCCUCUGAUGUGCCUCAUGAGUUCAGCACUGCAGUAAAUUAUCAAAAUGAAUCUAAACAAAGGUAAAAGUUUACUUUUCUGUCCACCUUUUUCACCUAGCAUCCUGUUGUGUUGAGCAUGAGUUCUUUUAUGCUUUACAUUAGCACAAACAGAUUUUCUAUAUAAACCAAUGUAGAUAGUGACCAUAGAUGUAUAUACAUAAGAUGCCUCAUUAACAGCUGUUUCUAUGAGAACAAACUGGAAUGGUCAAACUCUGUCCUUGACAGUGCAUCUGCAACUGCAGUUCACAAGCAGUGAUUUCAACAUCUGCAAUUGAGUUCAGAUGAUGAUUGUUAAAUUAACACAAGACAUGACACUCUCAGUGGCAAACAUUUUACAUUUAUAAACCCCAGGAAAUGGUUUGAAAUGUAAAUGUUUUCAUUCGAGAUUUGAUGUGAUCUCAACUUAAAACUGAAGAGAGGCGGGGCAUAAAGUAGCCACUCCCCUUUAAAAAAACAGCCAAUAGCGUUUUUUAUCACAGCUAUGGCAGUGAGAGUGGUUGAGCUCAAGCGGAUCAAAUGAAAAGCAAAUGAGAAGCGUCUUGAAGGGGGCGGGGCAUGACAGACACUAGAAAGUAUUUGAUUGGUCAAGAUUUGAUGAGAAACUGAAGUAUGAAGUGAUGUGAAAAAAAUGUUGAUUCAUUUAGGCGGUUACAAACUACAAGCUUUACAUGUUUAUAUCUUCUACAUGCAAAUUUUGUCACUGUUUUGGUACCACACUAUCAACACUUAAAGAUUUUAUUAAGGAUUAACAUACUGAUACUAACUUCUAAAACACAUUAUUUUAAUUUCACUGGAUCUUUAACUAUUUAAAGACACAAACUAAAUCAUUCUCACAUGUGAAUUGUUUGUAUAUUUCUUUGGUAAUUAAAAUCUAUGCAUAGUUUACAAUUAGAUGCUGCACAUUGUUGUCACGUCUUGCAAAGUGACGACACAUUGACUGUUUUAAGAUAGUGGAUUUCUGGAGGCAUCUAUGUACACACAUCUAUGGUAUUGAAUAUUCUAGGUAUUUGUAAAUACUGUCAGUCCUACAUGUGGUUUGUAUGCAGUGUGAACCUACUCAAAAUAGGCCAGAGACAACUGGGAGAGUAUAUUAAGUCAAAAUGUUUUGAAAUCAGACUGCCCUUGUAGCACUUCAUUUUAUGAAGUUGAUACAACUGAAAAACGAUAGUGGAUUACAGCAGUAAUUUUAUAUUUGUAAAUGUAUAUUUUUGUAAAUUGAUGGAUGUAUUUAUGUACCUGUAGGAAGAAGUGUAUUUAUUGUUAAUGAUAUUUUUGGCUUUUUUUAGUAAGAGUUUAAGUUUUCUCUAUUGAGCUGUACAGUAAAUGUAAAAACUUAAGUGUGCUUAAUUGGUAAAUUGUUAUUAUCCAAUUGUCUUUGUGAAAAUGAGUGUUGUUUUUUUUACUUGUGUGGCUAAAUUAGUAAUUUCUCAUCAGCAUCAAAGUGCUCUUAUUUGUCAUGCAAUUUUUGCCAGUGUCAUCUUCUAAAGAUGACCUAUUUUCAGCUGUUUUCAGAAUGUUUUUUGUAAAAACAUUGCAAUGUAAAUGUUUUUUCUUUAAGGAAAAUUAUUUUUAUUUGUUGCUGGGACGUUCUGUAUGUAUUUGUGAAGGUCAGAACGACGUAUGACCUUUACACACACUGAACACAGAUGCUUAUCAGUAUAUUUUUAAAAGUCAUUACCUUUUGCUGCAACUGUUAAGUCCCUACAGUGUGUUUUAAUGUUUACACAAUGCUGCUUUGUAGUG